GGCGGACUCCCAACAAGGAGACUGCACUUAGUAAACGGCGACUGACGGGCAGCAGGAAGCCGGACGAGACACACAUUAAACCGUUAGUUUUUAGAUUUUUCUUGCCGAUAUUUCGCAUGAAGCAGUCUCCCUCUUGUUUCAGCCACAGGGACCGCGGUGAUGGAAGACGAGGAGAGGCAAAAGAAGCUGGAGGCCGGCAAAGCAAAGUUGGCUGAGUAUCGCCAGAGAAAAGCUCACGCGGACUCCCAGAAGAAACAGAAAAAGAAGAAGAAAAAGAAGCUGGGAGAGGACUCUGAGGGGGAUUCGCCGAGAAGGGUGGAGGUGGAGCCGGAUCCGUCUGUGGGAAGAGAGGAGGUCUCAGGUGGAGGACAAGAUGGAUCACCAGAAGGACCUACAGACCCACCUACCACAGAGUUUACCUUCGCCAGGACACUGCGGAGUGGAGAGACUGUCAAGCAUGACCAGACCUACACAAUAGAGCCGGAGAGUGAAAUGUCCACUACUGCUGAAGAUUAUUCGUCAGAGGUAAAUGGGUGCCACGAUGAGAUGACAGAGAACCUAAUGAUGCCUUCGGAGGAUUUUAUCUGGUGCCAUUUUUCCGUUCAGGAGGAGGUGGAGUCCCUGCAACAGGUGACGAAGGGCGGUACGAUGGAGGAUGCUCUAGCUGCCAAGACCCGGGCAGCGGAGGAGCUGAGUCGAGAGCUUGAAGAAAUCAGGGCUGUCUUUGGCACAGAGGGAGUACAGCAGCUGCAGGACUUUGAGGCUGCUCUGAAGCAGCGAGAUGGCAUCAUCACCCAGCUGACGGCUAAUCUUCAGCAGGCUCGUGAAGAGAAAGACGAAAUCAUGAAAGAAUUCCUGGAACUUACAGAGCAAAGCCAAAAGCUACACAUUCAGUUCCAGCAGCUGCAGGCGGGCGAGACGCUGAGGAACACCAGCCACAGCAGCACAGCAGCUGAUCUUCUGCAGGCCAGGCAGCAGCUCCAUCACUACCAACCGCAGCUGGAAGAGCUCCAGCUCAAGCUCAGUGAGAUGGAAAUGUCACAGGGACGAUCAGAAGAAUCAUUCACACUGAGGAUUAGCGAAAAGGACCUGCUGAUUGGUGAACAGCAGCACCUUAUUUUGAGUCAGAAGCAGUUGCUGACAGAGUUGAAGACAGCGGAGCAGUCUUUUGCACAAACACUGAAAGAGAAAAAUCACUUUAUUUCAGAGCAAACCGCAAUAAUCACAGAACACGAGCUGUCGCUGACCCUGCUCAGAGAGGAACUCGCUCACGUGGGACGGACUACUGAUGAGAAUAUUAUAAACCCGUCAGACGAGAAAGACCUGAUUAUAGCGGAGCAAGAGAGAGUCCUUUCAGAACGCGACGGCUCUCUCGCCCAGCUCGAGGAUGAGCUGGAGUCGUCUGAAAAAGGCUUGCGUGACCUCCAACAGCGAAUGGCUGCAAAGGAAUUGGAGCUUGACAGAUGCAUGGAUGAGUUGGAGAGCAGGAAGUCUGACUUGGAAAGCUGUAAAAGUGAAAUGGAGAGCGGGAAUUUGGAAUUGGAGAAAGAUCGAGCGGAGUUAGAAAGCUGUAAGGGUGAACUUUCAGCCUCCAGAAAGAAAGAGCGGAUGUCAUCUAACGACAUCAUGCAGCUCAUGGGUACUGUAGAGGACCUGCAGAAGCGUUGCCACCAGGGCGGCCUGUCUGAGAGCAACACCCUCCAACAAAUGCAGGAAGAGACUUCGAGGAAGCUCGAACUUCUCAGGGCAGAGCUGGACGAGAUGUACGGCCAGCAAAUAGUCCAGAUGAAACAGGAGGUUAAUUUGCAGCACGCAGCCAAAGUGGAGCAAAUGACCGAGCAACAUCGCGCUGAGCUCGAGUUUCUGAAAGCACAACAACUGUCUCAAAGCGCCACUGUUCGCGUUGAGGCGGACACGCUCAAUGCUAAGAUUGGAGAGCUCCAAGAGACCAUAGAGCAAUCCCAAGCAACGCACGAUAAAGCCAGACACGAGUUUAGCCAAGUGGCCCAAGAGAAGUUCAACCUGCAGGCCAAGGUUGAGGAUCUCCUUCGAGAUCUCCGCUCUGCUAAAGAAAAGGUGGAGCAGGUCUCCCACAGUCUCAUCUCUCAGGAAAGCCACCCAGCUGAACUGCAGCGCCUCCAAGAGACCAUCGGCGAUCUAAAGAGCGAGCUUGCUGCCGCUCAGGAAGCGGCACAAGAAACCGAAAUCCAACACGACUCUGAAACAACCAAUUACAAGAUCAAGUUGGAGAUGCUGGAGAGGGAGAAAGAUGCCGUGCUCGACCGCAUGGCGCAGUCACAGGAAGCAGAGCUGGACCGACUGAGGACCCAUCUUCUCUUUAGCCACGAGGAAGAGCUAACUGUUCUUAGGGAAAAUUUGCAAAGGGAGAGCUUCCUGAACACAGAAAACCUCCUCAAUGUAGCCGCCAUCAAACACGAGAAGGCGUCGGAUGAGCUGCGCAUCGGUUAUGAAGGAGAACUGCAUUCGUUACGAAGAGAGAAGGCGAGUUUUGCCACAGAGCGAGAUGAGCUUUUCCACCAAAUCGUUGGACUAAAGGAGGAUCUAAAGCUCGCUUUGCACAGCUCCAAAGCAGAUGGGCUCGUCCAGCAGCUACAGGAGCUUCAGGUAGAGCUCGAGGAACUGAGAAAGGGAGGAGAACGAGCUCCAAUGGAAAGGGAAAUCAAGUCGUUACUUAAAAAGACAGAGGUGCUUGACAAUCAGACUAAAGAGAGAGAACAAAGUUGGGAGAGCAAAUGGAAACGGCACAAACUGGAAAAAGAGGCAUUGAUAGAAUCUAAGAACGCUUUGAAAGAAGAGUUGGACUCAAAGAUUCUGAAAAUUGAGACACUCGCAGCAGAGAACAAUCAAAUACAGCGACAGGUAGUCGGGCUUCGUGAGGAAAUCGAAACGCAGAGGACCACUUUCUCCUUCGCCGAGAAGAAUUUCGAGGUGAACUAUCAGGAGCUGAAGGAAGAGUACACGUGUCUUAUCGAAGCAAAGACACGAUUGGAGGAGAGGACACUGAAGGAGACACUUGAGUUUGAGGCGAAAAUUGCCAGUUUUCAGUCCCAGAUUCAGGAGCUGGAGGAGAGCAGCAGAGAUCUCAAAAUGGAGGACGUGAAUACAGAUGGAGGGGAACAGGUUGUGAUAGAAAAAGACACUACAGAGCUCAUGGAGAAGCUCAAUGUUACUUUGAGUGAGAAGGAACGCCUGGCUGGGAGGCUUUCCGAAGUUACGGAGCAACUGAUGUUCACAGAGGGCAAAGUUGGACAGCUGGAAGAAGAGCUGAUGAGAGUGAGACAGGCGAAUGUGAAGGCCAUCGCACAAAGUGAAAGCCCGGGGAAAGGACUUGAACAGAAGCGAGAGAUUACAAGAAAGCAGACGCGGGGGCAAGACGCCCAGAGAAAAGCGGAAAAAGAGCGAGCCGAUGAACCAGUGUGUUCUUUUGACGGCCAUCACCUUCAGAUUCAGUCUUUGCAAGAGGAGAUAAAGGCUCUUCAAUCCCUCUUACGGGCAGCCGAAUCCGAGAGGGACGGCAUCCGGCAGACCUCGGAGCUCCAGAGGCUUUCGCAGACUCCGUCUCCGGCCGCCUCGGGGGAGGGACCUGUUGAAGGACGAUCCUCCUCCCCGCACAAGCCCACCGCCUCGGGGUCAAGCAGGCGCAAGAGGCGGCAGAGGUUCAAGCAGGAGCGCAAACUGGGCACCGCUCUCCCCGACUGCAGAGAGGAAAAACAAAGGGAGGAGGCAGAGGAGGCAGCGGGGGAGGAAGAGAGAGCAACAAGUGCUGCAGAGCAGGAGAUGCAGCCUCAGAUGGAGAGCCCGGUUAUGUCAUGUUCACGAGAGAGGGCCGGCGAGGAGGACUCCACUGACGGAUACCAGGGAGAGGGAGACUUCAGCAACAAACAGGUGAGCAGACAUGGGACGGACCACCACACGGAGCCUGUCGUGUGUCGGGGAGCCGAGGGAGAGACUACUCAGCAUGGUGAGUGCAGGCUGCAGAUGGAGGCGCAACGCAUCAGCCUGUCUCAGAUCCACGCCGCCCAACUCGAGCUGCUGCAGGAGGAUUCGGACGCCCGCGCACACACUCUGGAGCUGAAACUGCAGAACUGGAAAGAUCACGGUGACCAAGAUGAGCCAAAAAUCUUCAAAUAUCACGACAUGUUACAAGCCGUGUCAGAAGAAUGCAGUGAGAUCAUUCAGUGUUUUCAAAGGAUGUUCGGUGAAGAGGUUUUGGAGAGUGGUGCUGCAGCGGACUGGCCGCCCCCUUCAGUAGAAAGACCAGACACUAGAGAAUCCAGCUCCAUCAUACUGGAGGCCAGAGAGCUCUACAGAGAUCUUCAGCAGGUGAGGGAGAGGAUUGAGCAGGAGCACCGUCGCCUGUCGCAGCUCCAGGCUCAACUGAGAGCUGAUGGGAACAAGAUGACGGAGCUACAGGUGGCGUACGAUGAACUGAAGAGCAGCAGUGAGAAGGAGAUCUCUGACCUGCGUGUGCAAGUUUCUAGCUCAAGCCCCUCUACAAGCAAAGAUCUGAAAGAGCGGGCCGGCGCGCCAUCUGCCUCCCUUACCGAGGAACUACAGCUGCUGAAGGUGGAGGAGCAGGAGAAGCAGCUCCAGCUGGAGGAGAGUCACCGACAAAAGAUGGAGCAUCUCCGAGCUCACUACCAGCAGCAGGCCGCGGAGAGCGAGGAGCGAUACGCCACCGAGCUCUUCAUGCUGCAGCAGCGCCUGCAGGAGGUCGCAGGCACUCAGACCCACGACAGUGCUCCAGAGUCCAGCUGUGAGGGGAUGGAGGGGCACGAAGAAGAACUAAAGGUGCUGGGUGAGGAGGAGCCGUCAGAGGGAGGCGCAGAGUUGCGCUGGCCCGUCAGGUCCGCAGGCCUGACGGCACAGCUGCAGGCGCUGAGGAAAGCUCUCUACCACAAGUAUGUCCAAGAAGUAGCUGCUCUCAAAGAGCAGCACAACCGAGAGCUGAGGAAGCUGACGGAGGACAAGGAGCAGGACAGGAAAACAGCGGAGAGAGGAGAGAGAGGGCAGGAUCUCAACGGCGUUAACGGAGCUGGAAGCUCCAGCGAGAGCCUCGGGGCCGCCGGGCACAUCGCGCUGGAAGACAAACAACACUGGGAGAGAGUGCAGGAGGAGGUCGCCAAGGCCAUAGUUCAGAUGUCCGUGGAGUUUGCGCAGCAGAUUGAGCUGGCUCGAAUCAACAAGCGUGCCUGCCAGAGGAGCGCCGCCAUGCAGACCCGGUCAGAUAAGGAGGCGGUGGAGGAGGAGAACGUGGAGCGGGUGACUCCCAGAGCUCCUCUCACCUCGGGUGCCUGGCUGCAGGAAGCAGAGAAGGAGAGGCUGGAGAGGGAGCUGGAGGAGAGGAACGCCGAGAUCAGGAAGUUAAGAGAGGAGCUGCAGAAAACCCAAUCAAGACCCGAGCAGGCCUUAAAGAAGAGACAAGACGGUCCAGAAGAAUCCGAGAAAGAGGAAGAUCCGGGCAGGCCGAGAAUACAGCCGGCUGGAGGAGGCAAACUGUCAUCGGAGGAUGAUGGAGAGUCCUCCGAUAAGGACACUGAAAGAAAUGUCCUGCGUAAGGCAAACGAGACCCUCAGUCAGGUGCUGGUUGACGUCCUGAAGACGACUGCAGCAGCGGAGGAAACGAUGGGCCUCCACAUGCAGAGUCUGCGUGGCGCUUCCAGCGCCCCCCCGCCCCAGUCCACCACACAGACGGCAACCUGGCCGAGAGCUAACACCGAGCCCGCCAGACCUCGUGCAGCAGGUCACUCUGCAGAAAGUUGCCAGGUCAGCGAGACCGCCGCAGAAUAUGUGAGUCCGUGGUCCGGGGAGACGGAGGCUGACGAGGGGCUGGAGGUGUCUCAGCAGAUGAUGGAGAAGCUGCUGCUGGGGGCGGGCACACAGCUGGAGAACGAGGAGUAUCUGAUGGGAAUAAGCAGCCGACUCCAAACGGCUCUGGAGAAGAUGUUGAUGGCCAUCACAGACACCAGCAACCAGCUCGAACAUGCCCGGCUGACCCAGACCGAGCUGAUGCGGGAGUCCUUCCGCCACAACCAGGAGAUGAGCGAGCUGCUGCAGAAGCAGGAGGAGCUGCAGGAGAGGUUGUCGGAGGAGGCCCGGGCCCGUGAGCAGCUGGCUCUGGAACUUCACCGCGCUGAGGGUGUGAUUGAUGGCUACACGGGCGAGCGAGCCGGGUUGGAGGAGCAGUUGCGUCAGAAGGAAGAGCUCCAGCUGAACCUCGAGCAAGAGCUGCAGGUGACGGGUAGCCGACUGCACGAGUUGGAGCAGGAGAGGCUUCAGAUGCAGGACGAGCGGGAGCUGCUGUCCCGGCAGCAAGACGCCAUGAGGGAGGACGCCGGGCCCCGCGAGCUUUGCCUAGUUGAAGCUGCAAUGGUUGCAGCACCUGAAGCAGACCUCCUGGAGGAGACGGAGAAGCUGAUGAAAGAGAAGGUGGAGGUUCAGCGUCAGGCGGAGAAGGAGAACGCCGACCUCCUGAAGCAGGUGAAGCUGCUGGAGGCGGAGCUGGAGGAGCAGGUCAACAAGGUGAUCGAGCUGGAGCACGCUGAGAGCUCCGAGAGCGGAGACCUCCGACAGCAGGUCCAAGCUCUGGAGAAACAGCUGGACAAGAACCGGAGGUUCCUCGAUGAACAAGCUGUGGACCGAGAACACGAGAGAGAUUUCUUCCAGCAGGAGAUCCAGAAACUGGAACAGCAGCUGAAGUAUCCUCAGAAGCUUCAGGCUGACUCUGAGCAGAGAAACAAAGAGGUGGACCAGCUGACCUCCCAGCUGAAGGAGAAGGCGGAUUGGUGCAGUGAGCUGCUGCUCAGCUCAGAGCAGCUGCGUCGUGAUUUGGGAGAGCGCAACGAAGAGAUUGACAAGCUGGAGAGCCGCAUCCGCGAGCUGGAGCAGGCCCUGCUGGCCAGCACUGACUCCCUGGAGAAGGUUGAAGAAAAGAAGCAGCAUGCAUCCAUCACAGAGGAAAAACACGCCACGCUGGAGGCUCAGUUACAGACGGAGAGAGAAGCUCUGGAGCGGAAAGAGAAGGAGAUCCGUAAUCUGGAAGAGCAGCUGGAGCAAUUCAGAGAGGAGCUGGAGAACAAGAGCGAGGAGGUGCAGCAGCUUCACAUGCAGCUGGAGAUCCAGAGGAAGGAGAUCAGCAGCCAGCAGCAAUAUCUAGAAACGAGGGAUAGCAUGCUCCAGGAAAUGGACGACAGGGGCGAGCUGAUUAAAGACUUUGAGUCCCAGGUGGAGUGCCUGCGGAGUGAACAAGAACACCUGAAGAGGAAUAAUGAGGAGGAGCUUGACCAACUGAAUGCCGUCAUAGACAGACUUCAGCAGGAGCUGACCAAUAUCGACCCAAAGCAGGCCACAGAGGAAGACGAGGACACCAAUGCAGAGAGCGCCGUAUCGGGGCCAAGUAAAGAGGAAUACGAUGAAAUGAGGCAGAGAAUGGACCUGGCCACCAAAGAGAUGAAUACUUUCAAAACGAAGCACAGCAAGCUGUUGGAGACGUUCCUGCGCCUGAAAGAGAGCGCGGAAGCUUUGGCUGAAACGGAUAAAACAGAGAGCUCAGAGGGCGAACUUGAGGACGCUCUCAGAGAGAAAACUGCAGGCCUGGUGGUCAUGCAGGCUCAAGUUCAAGCUUUAGAGCAGAGUGCGACAUCCAGAGUGGAGGAGUUGGACCUCCGCAUCCAGCAGCUCGAGGACGAGGUCGGCGAGAAAGACAGCGAGUUGAGCCGCUGUCUCCUCCUCGUGGAGCAAACGCAAAGCUAUGCAGCUGGUCUCCAACAGAGGGUCUCUAAUCUGGAGGAAAAUCUGAGGGAGAAACUGGCGGAAGCUCUCGUCAGCCAGGCCACACUGGAGGCCUUCCAGCAGCAGCCGUCACAAGGAUCCAAAGGAGACCAGGACCAGCAGAGUCCCGCUGACCCAAAUGUGCAGUCAAAUGUCUAUGACUUUGGUGACUUUGGCAUUCCCCAAAUGGAUUUCAGUGGAAUUGGUAAAACGAGACAGGUUCCCACAGGGAAGGUGGUUCAUCUGACCCAGAGGCUUCGGGAGCUGGAGGUGGGACUCAAUGGGAUGCAGAAGGACCAGGAGCUCCAGAAGCAGCUGCUCUCCAGCUCUGAGGAGGAGGUGCUGGAGUACGAGAGGAGGCUGGCCGUGCUCAUGGAUCUGCUCAGUCAGAUGAAGGCCAGGACACACCAGAAGACGUCACCAGCUGUGGGGGCGUCCUCUGCUGAUGAGCAGCCGGCUGCUGAGUCAGAGCUUCUUCGGGAGUUGCAAGAGGUCAAAAACGAGGCCUCGGCCGCCAAAGAGCAGCUCGACUGCUACAAACGGAGCUGCAGAAAACUACAGGAGGAGCUGCAAGACAAAACGGCUGCAAUAGAGAGACUAAAGGGCCAACUUCAAAAGGUAUCAUCUGCUGGCCGUGAGGAGACAAAGGUGUCUGAGCUUCAGCAGGAGUUAAUGGAGGCUCAAAGUGAGGCAGCUGCCACCAAAGAGGAGCUGAACAGCUGCAGGGAGAGCUUGGAGAAGCUACAGGAGCUGCUGCAGGAGCGGGAAAUCACCAUCUCUCACCUUAAAGGAGAACUUGUUGAAGUACAAGCUGAAGAAAGCAAAGCCAACAUGACGGAGCUUCUCCAGGAGGUCAGAAACGAUGCGGCUUCCACCAAAGAGGAGCUCAGCAUCUCCCGGCAUUAUAAUGAGAAACUUCAGGAGGACCUUCAAGUCUGUGAAGUGUCCAUUUCUGAACUCAAAGAGGAGCUCCAGGAGCUGAGAAAGAAUGUGGACACCACCAAACAAGAGCUCAACAGCUACAGGCAGCACAAUGAGAAACUACAGAGUGAACUACACAUCCGUGAGCUCUCCAUUUCUAAGCUCAAAGAGGAGCUCCAGGAGGUACGAACAGCCUUGAUGAAGACGGUGGAUUCUGGUCCUCCAUCUCCUGCUCCCUCUCCUCAGCUUGUCUCCUCUGCUUCCUCCUCCACCACCCAGCCUAAAAGGAAAGGAGGUAAACAGCCCGCUGGUAAAGGAAGCGGUGCCAAAGAUAAACCAUCCGUCUCCAGGAAGAACUCUGCCGCUUCCAGCCAGUCGUCCAACAAAUCUCACAGCUCUCGACUAAACAGCAGCUCUGAGCAGCAGCACGUGGCGGUAACGCACUCGUCCACGCAGACGGAUCCUCUCCAAAUGUCCGACCUCGACCCGGAAAGCGAGUCCGCAAACAAAGACGAGAUUGAGGAGGUGAUCGGAGAGUUCCAGGAGAAGAUUGCACAGAUGCAGGAGCUUCACGCUGCAGAAAUCCUGGACAUGGAGGCUCGGCAUAUUACAGAGAGCGAGAGCCUUCGUACGGACACGCAGGCUCUGGAGGACGAGUGUAAGGCCCUCAAAGCGAUCAUCGACAAGCUGCGCUCCACAGAGGCCCCUUCAUCAAGACGGGACCGUCCCACAUCACUGUUCAAAGAUGGCUACACAAGUGACAGCAGCUCAGACUACAGCCAGCGGACCGGAUUUGACUUCCCGAGCUUGCAGCAGGAGUUCAGGUCGACUCCAGAGGGCGCGAGGAGAGAGACUGACGAUCCACUGCCUGACCGCAUCAAGACGUUGCUCCGUGAGGUGCACCAGGAGGGCAUGCAGGUGCUCUCUCUGUCGGAGCUCCCUCUCACUGAGGGCGAGCCGGGCGGCCAGUUCAACGUCCCAGGCUGGCUGAAGGAAAGAGACGCCUUACUGGCGACCGUGGAGUCCCUCAAAGGCCUCAUCACCCAGAUGCAGACACACAGAGAAACACAGACGUCUGGCGGUGUGGACUGGCGUGCGGAGCUGCUGGAUGCUGUGCGGCAGGUGUUUAUGAGGGAGCGCAGCAUGCUGAAGAGCACCCUCUACAGCCAGCUGGACCUGCUGGACACCAGCGACGCCAUCAUCCACCUCAAUCAGCUGGAACGCAGACUGGCUGAACAGGACACUCAGCACAGAGAGGCGAUGGGGUUGCUCCACACUGCGGACAGGUCCAGUCUCAUCUCUGAGAUUCAUCAGCUCCGAAGUCAACUAGAGCAACUUCAUCAAGGUGCUCUACCUGUUGCAUCAUCGGGUAGUGAACGUAGCGUGAAGGAGCAAGGAGGAGGAGCUGAUGGAGCGGUGGAGGCAGGCAGGCUGCUGGCGGAGGAGCUGAAGAGUGAACUGUUCCAGACUCAACUGGAGCUGGAGACGACGCUCGAGGCUCAGCACAAACGCCUGAAAGAGCUGGACACACUCAGGGCAGAGGUAUCACAGAAGGCUGCUGAGGUGGACGCACUGAACGACCAGCUGACUGAGGACCGGAAGAAGAGCAGAGAUCUUCAGUGGGCUAUGGAGAAGGAGAGGUGUCGAACGGGGAAAAACGAGGAGAGUAAACGAGAAGAACUGGAGGACCUGAACCUCAGUCUGGAGGAGCAGAAGAGCCGCGUGGCCCAGCUGACCGUGACCCUGGAACAGGAGCGCCAGGCCUCCUCUCAGCUCUCCCAGCAGGCCGACCAGGAGCGUCUCAGCCUCCACCGACGCCUGCAGGAGUUCCAGGUCCAGCUGGAGACAGAGCGAGCCAAGGCCCUGGAGAUGAGCACUGCGCUGGGGAGGGAGCGGGAGCUGCGGAUGGGUGUGUCCUCAGACGGCGGCCCCUCCAGUGAGCAGCAGGACAAGGUGGAUAGUAGGGGGCUCGACGAGGAAGGGAGUCUGCUGGAAAGACUGCAGAGGGAGCUGGAUGACAAACAUGCACAGGUGGUGCACCUCCUCAGUCAAGUGGAGGCUCAGAAGCUCCAGGUGGUACGGAAAGACGAGGAGCUGACUCUGGGGAGUCAGAGGUCGAGACGGGACCAGGAGGCGCUGCUGGAGGCUCGGGCCCAGCUGGAGGGGCUGGAAGCACAAAUGUCUGAGGCCCAGGAGCAGCUGGAGCGAGAGAUGGAGAGGAGGAAGAGUCUAGAAGGAGAGAAGGAGCGACUGGAGGAGAGGUUGAACCAGUUAGUGGAGCAGAGAGGAGGGAGGGAGGGAAGCGGACAUCUGCAGGCCGACGGCGACAGUCAGGCCGUCUUGCACAGCGAGUCCACCGACCGCACCGAAGACUGGGUGUUCCAGCAGAAGAGCGGAAAUGUUCAGUCGGCAAGCUCCACCACGUCACCGCACCUGGAGGCCUCUCCAGCCGGUCACAGCGGCGGACCUCACCACGGUCCUUGGCGCACAGUCGACAAGAUCUUGGACAAACUCCACCUCAUUUCCUCCAAGAUCCGCGGCAUGGCGAACAAGAAUACGGGGAGACUGACUGCAGAGGUCGACAGUGAAGAGUUAUCUUGGGUGCAGUCCACUGUUAAUGAGGUCAUCACUAUGCUGCAGCAAUCCCCAGGUCUACCCUCCGUCCCCGAGCAGAGUGUUUCCUUGCUGGCAGGAGGCUCCACCAGCGGCUCCUCCAUCUCCCUGACGGAGCGGCUGCUGAGGCAGAACGCCGAGCUGACCGGUUUUGUCAGCCGUCUCACCGAAGAGAAGAACGAUCUGAGGAACUACACGCUGCGCUUGGAGGAAGAGCUCCGACGCUACCGGCAGGCUGGACCGGGAUCAGGCGACAGUUUCAGCAACAGGAGAGGAGUGUCGAAGGCGGACUCGUCGGUGAUGAUACUCUCCCAGGAGCGGGAGGCUUGGACGAGAGAGAAGGUCCGUCUGGAGAAAGCUUUACUUCUGGCCCAGGCCCAGGUGGCCCGACUCCGAGGGGAGAUCAGGACCGACGUCCUGCGAGAGAUAACGGGACCUGAGGCUGACAAUGCUGCACUGAAGAGGAUGUACGGGAAGUACUUGAGGUCAGAAAGCUUCCGCAAAGCUCUGAUCUACCAGAAGAAGUAUCUGCUGUUACUGCUGGGCGGCUUCCAGGAGUGCGAGGAAGCCACGCUGUCGCUCCUCUCCAGGAUGGGCGGCCAGCCGGCGCUCCCCGGCCUGGAGUCCCUCAGCCAGCGACGCCGGGCACUGAUGCGCUUCCGCUCUGCCGUCCGAGUCUCUAUCGCCCUCUCCAGAAUGCGUUUCCUAGUGAAGCGGUGGCACAAAGCGACGGGGAUGAGCUCCACAACCUCCUGCAGCGUUAACAAGAACGGAGCAGCACAGAUUUUAGGUUCAGAGGCGAGAGACUCACCGUAUCUUCACCCGGGCAGCGUGGACAUCUACCGAGAACGAGGAAGUGGAGGAGGAGUCUCCAGCGGCAGGGGGAGAAGUGGACGUGAAUCCCCCAGAUCGGCUGUCUCCUCCACACAACACAGGUUUCACACGGCCGGAGACCACGGAGCUCUCACCUGUUCCCACCUGCAGAGCUACGACCCCGACCGAGCGCUCACCGACUACAUCUCCAGACUGGAGGCGCUGCAGAGGAGGCUGGGGAAUGUGACUUCAGGUGCUUCUUCGUAUGCUCAAUUGCACUUUGGCUUGAGAAGGUAGACGCUGCCAUGUUAUGUUGGCUUGAAGAGACUCGGUUGCCUUUUCUCGUGCUGAGCACUCUGCUGUUUUCUAUCAUUCUGGUGUGGACUGUAUCUUUCCAUGUGGACCAAAACACGUUUUUUUUAUUAGUGUACGACAUGUUGUAUUCAGGCUUUUUGUCGCCAGCACUUAAAAAAAACGGCUGUUUGUAAAUGAAUCUGCCUCUUUGUUGUGGAUGAACUGUAAUCAUGUAUAUUUGUCAAAUGCUAAUUUAAGACCAUGUGAUUAAUUUAUGUUUGUGUUGUAUGGGUGGAGCGUUGUGUAGAGAAUGUUUGGGUUUAUCAUUAAGGAGGCUGCUACUGGUUAUUCUACACUACACUGUGUUUUGUUUAGGCCAGACGGACUACAGAGGACAUUUGUAGAGAACGUAUUUUUGUAAAGCGUAGGAGCGUUGAAUUUUCUGGGUAUUUUGUCAAAAACUGAAAUAAAGAGGACUACAUUA